AUCCCUAAUUUCCACCUAACCUCCCAACCAAGCAUGCAAUGCAAUGUCUUGGUCAAAGAAAUCACCCCAAAAAAGAAACCCAAAAUACAAAGACAUAAAAUUGGACUUUCCUCGGCACUAUUUUUGGUCUUUCCCUACCCAAAAAAUUGAAGCAAAGGGAAAAAGAAAGGUUUUUUAAUUUACCCAAAAGAAAAAAGAAACCGAUAACACAAGUUGCCGGUGGAGAUUCCAACACUCCCCAAAACCAGCCAACGGCCACCGGUGGAGAUUCCAAUACUCACUUAAACCAGCCAGCGCCACCGCGAGCAACGUCGUUUUGUCCACGUAGGAAAGCCUCACCGGAUGCUCCCGGUGAUCCCUCUUACACAAAGUCGGUCGGACACAGGAAAGUCCGGUUUUUAUGUUUAUUAUUUAUUUAUUUAUUUUUAUGAAUUGAGUCUCUCUUGUUCGUUGUCCUUGAGUUCCUCUCACUAUAAGUAUAUGCUCUGGAACAACAUUAUACUUUUUCUUCUUCUUUCUCUCUUUUUUCCCCUUUGUUUCUUCCUCCCUUUUCCUCCCCUCGGCAAUUGGCCGCCGGCCAUUUCCCGGCGAAUUUCCCGUUGGUUGACGCCGGAGAAAGAGAAACCAACCCUUCUUUUUGCCUUCCCUUCCUUCCUUAUUUAUCUCGCCAUUCCCACCGCCCAAAAAGGUUAGCUCUUUCCCUCUUCACACUUCUCUCAGCUCUUUCUCCUCUCAUUCAAUUCAUUCUCUCUUUCUUGGCAUAUCUAUAGAUCUGGGUUCUGUUUGUCUCCCCAGCUAAAUUUGGUUCCUUCUUACUUAUGAUCUUCUCGUUUGGCAUUUUCCAUUGAAUCCCAUUUCCCCCAAUUUUCUGGAUCUUGAUCUGUUUGAGGGAUUAAAAUUUUGCUUCUGAUUAUCCCUUUAUAAUGGUUUUUUUUUUUAUCGUUUGCCCUUUGUAGUUAGACAAAGUUUGUAUCUUGUUAUAAUGCAGACAUUUUCAGUAAAAUAUUCAUAUAAAAGGGAUCUCUUUUACCUCUUUAUUCCUUUUGCCCUGUUUCUCCAGAGUCAGAACUUUUGUUGAUUUGUUUAUGCUUCUGUUGUUCUGAUUUGCUUCAUUCUGUCACUCUACAUGUGUGCGAAUUUGUUUAUUGCUUGAACUAAGGAGCUGGGUGAUGGAAGGAAUUGUGAUGUCAUUUCACAUUCUUUGAGAACAUAGUUAGUUCGAAGUGUGUUAUUCUGCAGCUGCUAAUCCUUUACUCUUAAUCACAACUUCCCAUUGCUGCCUUGGUUCGGUAAUUGAGGGAUCAAUGUGGAAAUGUGUAGUAAUUGUUGGGUUUUACAUGAUCUCCUUAGAAAUUGGAUGGUUAGUCAUCGACUAUGGAGAGCCUUUACGGGUGUAACCUAAAGUUUCCAUCUUAUGCUAUUGAUUGUUCACAACAUGUAGGCUGUAACUUUGUAGUUGUCGAUUCUGAUGUUUGAGGUUAUGUGAUUACUGACUGUAAGUAAUCUUCGUGGUGGUAGGAGCAAAGCAUUUGUUUCAGUUGCUUGGAGUUGAAAAGUUGAAAGAGUGAGAGAGCAAAUGGAUGGGCCUAAGGAGGGGGGACUCAGGAAUGUUAGCUCAACAUGCUCGAUAUCGGAGAUGGAUGACUUUGAUCUCUCACGCCUCCUUGACAAGCCGAGGCUGAAUAUUGAAAGAAAAAGAUCAUUUGACGAGAGAUCGCUGAGUGAGCUUUCAAUUGGGCUGGGAAGACAUGAUAAUUAUGAGAACACAUACUCACCUGGUGGGCGGUCGGGGUUCGACACACCAGCCUCAUCAACCAGGAACUCUUUUGAACCCCAUCCUAUGGUGGCAGAUGCUUGGGAAGCUCUUAGAAAAUCUAUUGUGUACUUUAGAGGUCAACCGGUUGGAACCAUUGCUGCUGUUGACCAUGCCUCCGAAGAGGUUUUGAACUAUGAUCAGGUCUUUGUGCGUGAUUUUGUGCCAAGUGCUCUGGCGUUUCUCAUGAACGGAGAGCCCGAUAUUGUAAAGAACUUUCUCUUAAAAACGUUGUAUCUCCAAGGGUGGGAAAAGAGGAUAGAUAGAUUCAAGCUUGGAGAAGGAGCUAUGCCUGCCAGUUUUAAAGUUCUUCAUGACCCUGAAAGGAAAACUGAUACCUUAAUUGCGGAUUUCGGUGAGAGUGCGAUUGGAAGGGUUGCUCCUGUCGAUUCUGGGUUCUGGUGGAUCAUCUUGCUACGUGCAUAUACAAAGUCAACUGGGGAUAUGACAUUGUCGGAGACACCAGAAUGUCAAAAGGGAAUGAGACUUAUACUCUCAUUGUGUUUGUCAGAAGGGUUUGAUACAUUUCCUACCUUGCUUUGUGCCGAUGGAUGCUCUAUGAUUGAUCGUAGAAUGGGCGUCUAUGGCUAUCCCAUUGAAAUCCAAUCACUCUUCUUCAUGGCAUUGCGGUCUGCUCUGUCCAUGAUGAAGCAUGACACAGAAGGCAAAGAGUUCAUUGAGAGGAUCGUGAAACGGUUGCAUGCCUUGAGUUUCCACAUGCGGAGUUACUUCUGGCUGGACUUCCAACAGCUAAAUGACAUAUACAGAUAUAAAACCGAGGAGUACUCGCAUACUGCAGUAAAUAAGUUUAACGUGAUCCCCGAUUCUAUCCCUGAUUGGGUGUUUGACUUUAUGCCAACUCGCGGUGGCUACUUCAUUGGCAAUGUGAGUCCAGCAAGGAUGGAUUUCCGUUGGUUUGCUUUGGGGAAUUGUGUUGCCAUCCUAGCGUCUCUCACCACUCCGGAACAGUCGUUGGCCAUCAUGGAUCUCAUCGAAGCUCGAUGGGAGGAGUUGGUUGGAGAGAUGCCUCUCAAAAUUGCCUAUCCUGCUAUAGAGAGCCAUGAAUGGCGCAUUGUCACGGGCUGUGAUCCCAAGAACACAAGGUGGAGCUAUCACAAUGGCGGGUCUUGGCCAGUGCUUUUAUGGAUGCUGACCGCUGCCUGCAUCAAGACGGGAAGACCCCAAAUUGCAAGAAAAGCAAUUGAUCUUGCAGAGUCUCGGCUUCUGAAGGACGGUUGGCCAGAGUACUACGAUGGGAAGCUCGGUAGAUACGUAGGGAAGCAGGCAAGAAAAUAUCAGACAUGGUCCAUCGCUGGAUAUCUGGUGGCAAAGAUGAUGCUCGAGGAUCCGUCGCACUUGGGAAUGAUUUCACUCGAAGAAGACAAACAAAUGAAGCCUGUGCUCAAGAGAUCAAGCUCUUGGACUUGCUGAAAACCCAGAUUUGAAAGUGUGAGAAAUUCUUUAACUUUCUUCUGAUGGAACACAAACCAGUUCUUCUUUCACGUGCAGCAGCUCUUGGUGGUAAUUUGAAGUAGAAAGAUUGAUUUUUUUUUCCCCUUCGUUUUCUUUGUUUGCUGUCCAUGUUAUGAUUUGUGCAAUAGCCAAGGACUGGAAAUUUGGUUGCUUUCUUUCUCGAAUAAGAUUGGCAUUUUGCUUUAUGUGUCUUGGCGGGAAGAAAGAUAGAGCUCCUUUUCAGUUUCAGUUUCUGCUUAGAGAGAGAGAGAGGGGAGAUUAUGAAAAAGUUUCAGGAUUUGAUUUGUCAAUAUACAUUGUGCUUAUGU